AUGCUCCCGCUUUCCAUCACCCCGCCCCAUUCUACCGCUUUCCAUCACCCCGCCCCAUUCUCCCUCUUUCCAUCACCCCGCCCCAUUCUCCCUCUUUCCAUCACCCCGCCCAAUUCUCCCACUUUCCAUCACCCCGUCCCAUUCUCCCGUUUUCCAUCACCCCGCCCUAUUCUCUCGCUUUCCAUCACCCCGCCUUAUUCUCCCGCUUUCCAUCACCCCGCCCCAUUCUCCCGAUUUCCAUCACCCCGCCCCAUUCUCCCGCUUUCCAUCACCUCGCGCCAUUCUCCCGCUUUCCAUCACCCCGCCCCAUUCUCCUGCUUUCCAACACCUCGCCCCAUUCUCCCGCUUUCCAUCACCCCCCCCCAUUCUCACUCGUUCCAUCACCCCGCCCCAUUCUCCCUCUUUCCAUCACCCCGCCCCAUUCUCCCGCUUUCCAUCACCCCGCCCCAUUCUCCCUCUUUCCAUAACCUCGCCCCAUUCUCCCGCUUUCCAUCACCCCGCCCCAUUCUCCCUCUUUCCAUCACCCCACCCCAUUCUCCCUCUUUCCAUCACCCCGCCCCAUUCUCCCGCUUUCCAUCACCCCCUCGCCCCAUUCUCCCGCUUUCCAUCACCCCUCCCCUUUCUCCCGCUUUCCAUCUCCCCGCCCCAUUCUCCCGCUUUCCAUCACCCCGCCCCAUUCUCCCGCUUUCCAUCACCCCGCCCCAUUCUUCCGCUUUCCAUCAUCCCGCCCCAUUCCCCCGCUUUCCAUCACCCCUCCCCAUUCUCCCUCCUUCUAUCACCCCGCCCCAUUCUCUCACUUUCCAUCACCCCGCCCCAUUCUCCCGCUUUCCAUCACCCCGACCCAUUCUCCCGCUUUCCAUCACCCCGCCCCAUUCUCCCUCCUUCCAUCACCCCGCCCCAUUUUCCCGCUUUCCAUCACCCCGCCCCCUUCUCUCUCCUUCCAUCACCCCGCCCCAUUCUCCCUCCUUCCAUCACCCCGCCCCAUUCUCCCGCUUUCCAUCAGCCCGCCCCAUUCUCCCGCUUUCCAUCACCCCACCCCUUUCUCCCGCUUUCCAUCUCCCCGCCCCAUUCUCCCCCUUUCCAUCAGACCGCCCCAUUCUCCCGCUUUCCAUCACCCCUCCCCAUUCUCCCUCCUUCCAUCACCCCGCCCCUUUCUCCCACUUUCCAUCUCCCGCCCCAUUCUCCCGCUUUCCAUCACCCGCCUCAUUCUCCCGCUUUCCAUCACCUCGCCCCAUUCUCCCGCUUUCCAUCACCCCGCCCCAUUCUUCUGCUUUCCAUCACCCCGCCCCAUUCUCCCGCUUUCAAUCACCCUGCCCCAUUCACCCGCUUUCCAUCACCCGCCCCAUUCUCCCGCUUUCCAUCACACCGCCCCAUUCUCCCGCUUUCCAUCACCCCGCCCCAUUCUCCCGCUUUUCAUCACCCCGCCCCAUUCUCCCGCUUUCCAACACCCCGGCCCAUUCUCUCGCUUUCCAUCACCCCGCCCCCUUCUUCCUCCUUCCAUCACCCCGCCCCAUUCUCCCUCCUUCCUUCACCCCGCCCCAUUCUCCCGCUUUCCAUCACCCCGCGCCAUUCUUCCGCUUUCCAUCACCCCGCCCCAUUCUCCCUCCUUCCAUCACCCCGCCUCAUUCUCCCAUCUUCCAUCACCCCGCCCCUUUCUCCUGCUUCCCAUCAGCGCGCCCCAUUCUCCCGCUUCCCAUCACCCCGCCCCAUUCUCCCGCUUUCCAUCACCCCGCCCCAUUCUCCCGCAUUCCAUCACCCUACCCCAUUCUCUUGCUUUCCAUAACCCCGCCCCAUUCUCCCACUUUCCAUCACCCCGCCCCAUUCUCCCGCUUUUCCAUCACCCCGCCCCAUUCUCCCUCCUUCCAUCACCCCGCCCCAUUCUCCCGCUUUCAAUCACCCCGCCCCAUUCUCCCGCUUUCCAUCACCCCGCCCCCUUGUCCCUCCUUCCAUCACCCCGCCCCCUUCUCCCUCCUUCCAUCACCCCGCCCCAUUCUACCGCUUUCCAUCAGCCCGCCCCAUUCUCCCGCUUUCUAUCACCCCGCCCCUUUCUCCCGCUUUCCAUCUCCGUGCCCCAUUCUCCCGCUUUCCAUCACCCCGCCCCAUUCUCCCGCUUUCCAUCACCCCGCCCCAUUCUCCCGCUUCCCAUCAUCCCGCCCCAUUCUCCCGCUUUCUAUCACCCCGCCCCAUUCUCCCUCCUUCCAUCAGCACGCCCCAUUCUCCCGCUUUCCAUCACCCCGCCCCAUUCUCCCGCUUUCCACCACCCCGCCCCCUUCUCCCUCCUUCCAUCACCCCGCCCCAUUCUCCCGCUUUCCAUCACCCCGCCCCAUUCUCCCGCUUUCCAUCACCCCGCCCCAUUCUUCCGCUUCCCAUCAUCCCGGCCCAUUCCCCCGCUUUCCAUCACCCCUCCCCAUUCUGCCUCCUUCUAUCACCCCGCCCCAUUCUCUCACUUUCCAUCACCCCGCCCCAUUCUCCCGCUUUCCAUCACCCGGACCCAUUCUCCCGCUUUCCAUCACCCCGCCCCAUUCUCCCUCCUUCCAUCACCCCGCCCCAUUCUCCCGCUUUCCAUCACCCCGCCCCAUUCUCCCUCCUUCCAUCACCCCGCCCCAUUCUCCCUCAUUCCAUCACCCCGCUCCAUUCUCCCGCUUUCCAUCACCCCGCGCCAUUCUCCUGCUUCCCAUAACCCCACCCCAUUCUCCCGCUUUCCAUCACCCCGCCACAUUUUCCCACUUUCCAUCACCCCGCCCCCUUCUCUCUCCUUCCAUCACCCUGCCCCAUUCUCCCUCCUUCCAUCACCCCGCCCCAUUCUCCCGCUUUCCAUCACCCCGCCCCAUUCUCCCUCCUUCCAUCAGCCCGCCCCAUUCUCCCGCUUUCCAUCACCCCACCCCUUUCUCCCGCUUUCCAUCUCCCCGCCCCAUUCUCCCGCUUUCCAUCACACCGCCCCAUUCUCCCGCUUUCCAUCACCCCGCCCCAUUCUUCCGCUUCCCAUCAUCCCGCCCCAUUCCCCCGCUUUCCAUCACCCCUCCCCAUUCUCCCUCCUUCCAUCACCCCGCCCCUUUCUCCCACUUUCCAUCUCCCGCCCCAUUCUCCCGCUUUCCAUCACCCGCCCCAUUCUCCCGCUUUCCAUCACCUCGCCCCAUUCUCCCGCUUUCCAUCACCCCGCCCCAUUCUUCUGCUUUCCAUCACCCCGCCCCAUUCUCCCGCUUUCCAUCACCCUGCCCCAUUCACCCGCUUUCCAUCACCCGCCCCAUUCUCCCGCUUUCCAUCACACCGCCCCAUUCUCCCGCUUUCCAUCACCCCGCCCCAUUCUCCCGCUUUUCAUCACCCCGCCCCAUUCUCCCGCUUUCCAACACCCCGGCCCAUUCUCUCGCUUUCCAUCACCCCGCCCCCUUCUUCCUCCUUCCAUCACCCCGCCCCAUUCUCCCUCCUUCCUUCACCCCGCCCCAUUCUCCCGCUUUCCAUCACCCCGCGCCAUUCUUCCGCUUUCUAUCACCCCGCCCCCUUCUCCCUCCUUCCAUCACCCCGCCCCAUUCUCCCUCCUUCCAUCACCCCGCCCCGUUCUCCCGCUUUGCAUCUGCCCGCCCCAUUCUCCCGCUUUCCAUCACCCUGCCCCUUUCUCCCGCUUUCCAUCUCCCUGCCCCAUUCUCCCGCUUUCCAUCACCCCGCCCCAUUCUCCCGCUUUCCAUCACCCCGCCCCAUUCUCCCGCUUCCCAUCAUCCCGCCCCAUUCCCCCGCUUUCCAUCACCCCUCCCCAUUCUCCCUCCUUCCAUCACCCCGCCCCAUUCUCCCGCUUUCCAUUACACGCCCCAUUCUCCCGCUUUCCAUCACCCCGCCCCAUUCUCCUGCUUUCCAUCACCCAGCCCCAUUCACCCGCUUUCCAUCACCCGCCCCAUUCUCCCGCUUUCCAUCACCCCGCCCCAUUCUCCCACUUUCCAUCACCCCGCCCCAUUCUCCCGCUUUUCAUCACCCCGCCCCAUUCUCCCGCUUUCCAACACCCCGCCCCAUUCUCCCGCUUUCCAUCACCCCGCCCCAUUCUCCCGCUUUCCAUCACCCCGCCCCAUUCUCCCUCCUUCCAUCAUCCCGCCUCAUUCUCCCUGCUUCCAUCACCCCGCCCCAUUCUCCCGCUUUCCAUCACCCCGCCCCAAUCUCCCUCAUUCCAUAACCCCGCCCCAUUCUCCCGCUUUCCAUCACCCCGCCCCCUUCUCUCUCCUUCCAUCACCCCGCCCCAUUCUCCCUCCUUCCAUCACCCUGCCCCAUUCUCCCGCUUUCCAUCAGCUCGCCCCAUUCUCCCGCUUUCCAUCACCCCUCCCCUUUCUCCCGCUUUCCAUCUCCCCGCCCCAUUCUCCCGCUUUCCAUCACCCCGCCCCAUUCUCCCGCUUUCCAUCACCCCGCCCCAUUCUUCCGCUUUCCACCAUCCCGCCCCAUUCCCCCGCUUUCCAUCACCCCUCCCCAUUCUCCCUCCUUCUAUCACCCCGCCCCAUUCUCUCACUUUCCAUCACCCCGCCCCAUUCUCCCGCUUUCCAUCACCCCGACCCAUUCUCCCGCUUUCCAUCACCCCGCCCCAUUCUCCCUCCUUCCAUCACCCCGCCCCAUUUUCCCGCUUUCCAUCACCCCGCCCCCUUCUCUCUCCUUCCAUCACCCCGCCCCAUUCUCCCUCCUUCCAUCACCCCGCCCCAUUCUCCCGCUUUCCAUCAGCCCGCCCCAUUCUCCCGCUUUCCAUCACCCCACCCCUUUCUCCCUCUUUCCAUCACCCCGCCCCUUUCUCCCUCUUUUCAUCUCCCCGCCCCAUUCUCCCGCUUUCCAUCACCCCGCCCCAUUCUCCCUCUUUCCAUCACCCCGCCCUAUUCUCCCUCUUUCCAUCACCCCGCCCCAUUCUCCCUCUUUCCAUCACCCCGCCCCAUUCUCCCUCUGUCCAUCACCCCGCCCCAUUCUCCCGCCUUCCAUCACCCAGCCCCAUUCUCCCUCUUUACAUCACCCCGCCCCAUUCUCCCGCUUUCUAUCACCCCGCCCCAUUCUCCCGCUUUCCAUCACCCCGCCCCAUUCUCCCUCUUUCCAUCACCCCGCCCCAUUCUCCCUCUUUCCAUCACCCCGCCCCAUUCUCCCUCUUUCCAUCACCCCGCCCCAUUCUCCCUCUUUCCAUCACCCCGCCCCAUUCUCCCGCCUUCCAUCACCCAGCCCGAUUCUCCCUCUUUACAUCACCCCGCCCCAUUCUCCCGCUUUCUAUCACCCCGCCCCAUUCUCCCGCUUUCCAUCACCCCGCCCCAUUCUCCCUCUUUCCAUCACCGCGCCUCAUUUUCCCUCUUUCCAUCACCCCGCCCCAUUCUCCCGCUUUCCAUCACCCCGCCCCAUUCUCCCUCUUUCUAUCACCCCUCCCCCUUCUCCCGCUUUCCAUCACCCCGCCCAAUUCUCCCUCUUUCUAUCACCCCUCCCCAUUUUCCCACUUUCUAUCACCCCGCCCCAUUCUCCCGCUUUCCAUCACCCCGCCCCAUUUUCCCUCUUUCCAUCACCCCGCCCCAUUCUCCCUCUUUCCAUCACCCUGCCACAUUCUCCCGCUUUCCAUCACCCCUCCCCAUUUUCCCUCUUUCCAUCACCCCGCCCCAUUCUCCCGCUUUCCAUCACCCCGCCCCAUUCUCCCUCUUUCUAUCACCCCUCCCCCUUCUCCCGCUUUCCAUCACCCCGCCCAAUUCCCCUCUUUCUAGCACCCCUCCCCAUUCUCCCUCUUUCUAUCACCCCGCCCCAUUCUCCCGCUUUCCAUCACCCCGCCUUAUUUUCCCUCUUUCCAUCACCGCGCCCCAUUCUCCCUCUUUCCCAACACCCCGCCACAUUCUCCCGCUUUCCAUCACCCCUCCCCAUUUUCCCUCUUUCCAUCACCCCGCCCCAUUAUCCCGCUUUCCAUCACCCCGCCCUAUUCUCCCUCUUUCUAUCACCCCUCCCCCUUCUCCCGCUUUCCAUCACCCCGCCCAAUUUUCCCUCUUUCUAUCACCCCGCCCCAUUCUCCCGCUUUCCAUCACCCCGCCCUAUUUUCCCUCUUUCCAUCACCCCGCCCCAUUCUCCCUCUUUCCAUCACCCCGCCACAUUCUCCCGCUUUCCAUCACCCCUCCCCAUUCUCCCUCUUUCCGUCACCCCGCCACAUUCUCCCGCUUUCCAUCACCCCUCCCCAUUCUCCCUCUUUCCGUCACCCCGCCCCAUUCUCCCGCUUUCCAUCACCCCGCUCUAUUCUCCCGCUUUCCAUCACCCCGCCCAAUUCUCCCUCUUUCCAUCACCCCUCCCCAUUCUACCUCUUUCCAUCACCCCGCCCCCCAUUCUCCCUCUUUCCAUCACCCCGCCCCAUUCUCCCGCUUUCCAUCACCCCGCCCCAUUCUCCCUCUUUCCAUCACCCCGCCUCAUUUUCCCUCUUUCCAUCACCCCGCCCCAUUCUCCCGCUUUCCAUCACCCCGCCCCAUUCUCCCUCUUUCUAUCACCCCUCCCCCUUCUCCCGCUUUCCAUCACCCCGCCCAAUUCUCCCUCUUUCUAUCACCCCUCCCCAUUCUCCCUCUUUCUAUCACCCCGCCCCAUUCUCCCGCUUUCCAUCACCCCGCCCCAUUUUCCCUCUUUCCAUCACCCCGCCCCAUUCUCCCUCUUUCCAUCACCCCUCCCCAUUCUCCCUCUUUCCAUCACCCCGCCCCAUUCUCCCACUUUCCGUCACCCCGCCCCAUUCUCCCGCUUUCCAUCACUCCGCUCCAUUCUCCCUCUUUCCGUCACCCCGCCCCAUUCUCCCGCUUUCCAUCACCCCGCCCAAUACUCCCUCUUUCCAUCACCCCACCCCAUUCUCCCGCUUUCCAUCACCCUGCUCCUUUCUCCCGCUUUCCAUCACCCCGCCCAAUUCUCCCUCUUUCCAUCACCCCUCCCCAUUCUCCCUCUUUCCAUAACCCCCCUCAAUUCCCCCUCUUUCCAUCACCCCGCCCCAUUCUCCCGCUUUCCAUCACCCCGCCCCCCAUUCUCCCUCUUUCCAUCACCCCGCCCCAUUCUCCCGCUUUCCAUCACCCCGCCCCAUUCUCCCUCUUUCCGUCACCCCGCCUCAUUUUCCCUCUUUCCAUCACCCCGCCCCAUUCUCCCGCUUUCCAUCACCCCGCCCCAUUCUCCCUCUUUCUAUCACCCCUCCCCCUUCUCCCGCUUUCCAUCACCCCGCCCAAUUCUCCCUCUUUCUAUCACCCCUCCCCAUUCUCCCUCUUUCUAUCACCCCGCCCCAUUCUCCCGCUUUCCAUCACCCCGCCCCAUUCUCCCUCUUUCCAUCACCCCGCCACAUUCUCCCGCUUUCCAUCACCCCUCCCCAUUUUCCCUCUUUCCAUCACCCCGCCCCAUUCUCCCGCUUUCCAUCACCCCGCCCCAUUCUCCCUCUUUCUAUCACCCCUCCCCCUUCUCUCGCUUUCCAUCACCCCGCCCAAUUCUCCCUCUUUCUAUCACCCCUCCCCAUUCUCCCUCUUACUAUCACCCCGCCCCAUUCUCCCGCUUUCCAUCACCCCGCCCCAUUUUCCCUCUUUCCAUCACCCCGCCCCAUUCUCCCUCUUUCCAUCACCCCGCCACAUUCUCCCGCUUUCCAUCACCCCUCCCCAUUCUCCCUCUUUCCGUCACCCCGCCCCAUUCUCCCGCUUUCCACCACCCCGCUCCAUUCUCCCUCUUUCCGUAACCCCGCCCCAUUCUCCCGCUUUCCAUCACCCCGCCCCAUACUCCCUCUUUCCAUCACCCUGCCCCAUUCUCCCGGUUUCCAUCACCCCGCUCCUUUCUCCCGCUUUCCAUCACCCCGCCCAUUUCUCCCUCUUUCCAUUACCCCUCCCCAUUCUCCCUCUUUCUAUCACCCCGGCCAAUUCUCCCUCUUUCCAACACCCCGCCCCAUUCUCCCUCUUUCCAUCACCCCACCCCAUUCUCCCUCUUUCCAUCACCCCGCCCCAUUCUCCCACUUUCCAUCACCCCGCCCCAUUUUCCCUCUUUCCAUCACCCCGCCCCAUUCUCCCGCUUUCCAUCACCCCGCCCCAUUCUCCCUCUUUCUAUCACCCCUCCCCAUUCUCCCGCUUUCCAUCACCCCGCCCAAUUCUCCCUCUUUCUAUCAACCCUCCCCAUUCUCCCCUUUUCCAUCCCCCCGCCCCAUUCUCCCGCUUUCCAUCACCCCGCCCCAUUCUCCCUCUUUCCAUCACCCUGCCCCAUUCUCCCGCUUUCCUUUACCCCGCCCCAUUCUCCCGCUUUCCAUCACCCCGCCCCAUUCUCCCGCUUUCCAUUACCCCGCCCCAUUUUCCCUCUUUCCAUCACCCCGCCCCAUUCUCCCGCUUUCCAUCACCCCGCCCCAUUCUCCCGCUUUCCAUCACCCCGCCCCAUUUUCCCUCUUUCCAUCACCCCGCCCCACUCUCCCGCUUUCCACCACCCCGCCCCAUUCUCCCUCUUUCUAUCACCCCUCCCCAUUCUCCCGCUUUCCAUCACCCCGCCCUAUUCUACCUCUUUCUAUCACCCCGCCCCAUUCUCCCCCUUUCCAUCACCCUGCCCCAUUCUCCCGAUUUCCAUCACCCUUCCCCAUUCUCCCGCUUUCCAUCACCCCGCCCCAUUCUCCCUCUUUCCAUCAGCCCGCCCCAUUCUCCCUUUUUCCAUCACCCCGCCCCAUUCUCCUGCUUUCCAUCACCCCGCCCCAUUCUCCCGCUUUCCAUCACCCCGCCCCAUUCUCCCUCUUUCCAUCACCCUGCCCCAUUCUCCCUCUAUCCAUCACCUCGCCCAAUUCUCCCGCUUUCCAUCACCCCGUCCCAUUCUCCCGCUUUCCAUCACCACGCCCCAUUCUCCCUCUUUCCAUCACCCCGCCCCAUUCUCCCGCUUUCCAUCACCUUCCCGCCCCAUUCUCCCGCUUUCCAUCACCCCGCCCCGUUCUCCCUCUUUCCAUCACCCCACCCCAUUCUCCCUCUUUCCAUCACCGUGCCCCAUUCUCCCGCUUUCAAUCACCCCGCCCCAUUCUCCCUCUUUCCAUCAGCCCGCCCCAUUCUCCCACUUUCCAUGACCCCGCCCCAUUCUCCCGCUUUCCAUCACCCCGCUCCAUUCUCCCGCUUUCCAUCACCCCGCCCAAUUCUCCCUCUUUCCAUCACCCCUCCCCAUUCUCCCUCUUUCCAUCACCCCGCCCAAUUCUACCUCUUUCCAUCACCCACCCCAUUCUCCCGCUUGCCAUCACCCCGCCCCAUUCUCCCGCUUUCCAUCACCCCGCCCCAUUCUCCCUCUCUCCAUCAACCCGCCCCAUUCUCCCGCUUUCCAUCACCCCGCCCCAUUCUCCCGCUUUCAAUCACCCCGCCCCAUUCUUCCGCUUUCCAUCACCCCGCCCCAUUCUCCCUGUUUCCAUCAGCCCGCCCCAUUCUCCCUCUUUCCAUCACCCCGCCCCAUUCUCCCGCUUUCCAUUACCCCGCACCAUUCUCCCGCCUUUUCAUCACCCCGCCCCAUUCUCCCUCCUUCCAUAACCCCGCCCCAUCUCCCUCUUUCCAUCACCCCGCCCCAUUCUCCCUCCUUCCAUCACCCCACCCCAUUCUCCCGCUUUCCAUCACCCCGCCCCAUUCUCCCGCUUUCCUUCACCCCGCCCCAUUCUCCCGCUUUCCAUCACCCCCCCUAUUCUCCCUCUUUCCAUCAACCUGCCCCAUUCUCCCGCUUUCCAUCACCCAGCCCCAUUCUUCUGCUUUCCAUCACCCCGCCCAAUUCUCCCGCUUUCCAUCACCCCGCCCCAUUCUCCCUCUUUCCAUCACCCCGCCCAAUUCUCCCUCUUUCCAUCACCCCUCCUCAUUCUCCCUCUUUCCAUCACCCCGCCACAUUCUCCCGCUUUCCAUCACCGCGCCUCAUUAUCGCUCUUUCCAUCACCCCGCCCCAUUCUCCCGCUUUCCAUCACACCGCCCCAUUCUCCCUCUAUCCAUCACCCCGCCCUAUUCUCCCUCUUUCCAUCACCCCGCCCCAUUCUUCCGCUUUCCAUCACCCCGCCCCAUUCUCCCGCUUUCCAUCACCCCGCCCUAUUCUCCCUCUUUCCAUCACCCCGCCCCAUUCUCCCGCUUUCCAUCACCCCGCCCCAUUUUCUUGCUUUCCAUCACCCCACCCCUUUCUCCCGCUUUCCAUCACCCCACCCAAUUCUCCCGCUUUCCAUCACCCUGCCCCAUUCUCCCGCUUUCCAUCACCCUGACCCAUUCUCCCUCCCGCCCCAUUCUCCCGCUUUCCACCACCCUGCCCCAUUCUCCCGCUUUCCAUCAUCCUGCCCCAUUCUCCCACUUUCCAUCACCCCGCCCCAUUCUCCCGCUUUCCAUCACCCCGCCAUAUUCUUCCUCUUUCCAUCACCCCGCCCCAUUCUCCCGCUUUCCAUCACGCCGCCCCAUUCUCCUGCUUUCCAUCACCCCGCCCCAUUCUCCCGCUUUCCAUCACCCCGCCCCAUUCUCCCGCUUUCCAUCACCCCGCCCCAUUCUCCCGCUUUCCAUCACCCCGCCCCACUCUCCCGCUUUCCAUCACCCCACCCCUUUCUCCCGCGUUCCAUCACCCCGCCCCAUUCUCCCGCUUUCCGUCACCCCGCCCCAUUCUCCCGCUUCCAAUCACCCCGCCCCAUUCUCCCGCUUUCCACCAACCUUCCCCAUUCUCCCGCUUUCCAUCACCCUGCCCCAUUCUCCCGCUUUCCAUCACCCCGCCCCAUUCUCCCACUUUCCAUCACCCCGCCCCAUUCUCAAGCUUUCCAUCACCCUGCCCCAUUCCUCGCUUUCCAUCACCCCGCCCCAUUCUCCCGCUUUCCAUCACCCCGCCCCAUUCUCAAGCUUUCCAUCACCCCGCCCCAUUCUCCUGCUUUCCAUCACCCCACCCCAUUCUCCCGCUUUCCAUCACCCCGCCCCAUUCUCCCGCUUUCCAUCAUCCCGGCCCAUUCUCCUUCUUUCCAUCACCCCACCCCAUUCUCCCGCUUUCCAUCACCCCGCCCCAUUCUCCCACUUUCCAUCACCCCGCCCCAUUCUCAAGCUUUCCAUCACCCUGCCCCAUUCCUCGCUUUCCAUCACCCCGCCCCAUUCUCCCGCUUUCCAUCACCCCGCCCCAUUCUCCCGCUUUCCAUCACCCCGCCCCAUUCUCCCGCUUUCCGUCACCCCGCCCCAUUCUCCCGCGUCCAAUCACCCCGCCCCAUUCUCCCGCUUUCCAUCACCCUGCCCUAUUCCUCGCUUUCCAUCUCCCCGCCCCAUUCUCCCGCUUUCCAUCACCCCGCCCCAUUCUCAAGCUUUCCAUCACCCCGCCCCAUUCUCCUGCUUUCCAUCACCCCGCCCCAUUCUCCCGCUUUCCAUCACCCCGCCCCAUUCUCCCGCUUUCCAUCACCCCGGCCCAUUCUCCCGCUUUCCAUCACCCUGCCCCAUUCUGUGA